AUGAAGAAAAGCAACACUAAUACAUUCAUCACUUUUUGCAAAGUUUUUACAUCCACCCUUCUAAUAUGGGUAGCUCAACAUGAGAAUAACUAUGAAGAAUCAUUUGAAAAAAAUGCUAAUUUCAACACAAUGAGUUUAAGAAAUGGUAGAUUGUUGAAGGGACAAACAGAAGUAUAUGCUAACUAUCCUUCACAAGAUGAUUUAUUUUUAAAAGGCGGAUCAAUGGAAUCAUUAUAUGAUGAUGAUGUUGUUUUAAAAAACAGAAUAAAUGGUUUAAUUAAGGAUAGCUCAAUUAAAAAUAGAUAUGAUUCAUUUCUGCAGGAUAUCGAUUAUCAAAAACAAUUUAAUGAUAUUAUGAAAAAAGAAAAUAAAAAAAAAAAUGGUUAUGUAACAAAAGAUAUGAACCUUAACGAAUUUUAUGAAUCAACGGAAAGUAUUAAUGAUUUAAAAAAAAAUAACAAAAAAAAUGGUAAUGUAACAAAAGAUAUGAACCUUAACGAAUUUUAUGAAUCAACGGAAAGUAUUAAUGAUUUAAAAAAAAAUAACAAAAAAAAUAAAAAAAUAUCACGUGCAGCAAAAAAUAGAAAUGAUGAUGAUAUAAGCGGAUCAGAAGCUCUUCAAAAUAUGGUUCAUCAAGCUUUACAACAAGAAAAACCUAAAAAAGGGUUUUUGAAAAAAAUAUAUGAUUUAGAUAAAAAAUUUGAAGCUGAAAUGUUACGUGCAAUGAAAAAUAGUAAUUCAGACGCAGGUUUUCAUGAAUGUAGAUUUAAAAAUGGAAAAGAAAUAUUUAGUGUCUUUUUGGAAAAGGCUAGAAUAUAUAUUCCAAUAACUGUAAGCAUGUUGGUCACAUUGUUCUUUAUGUGUAUUUGUGGUGGUACUAUGAGUAAUUCUGCUUUAACUCCAGCAACCAUAGGAGGAGGAUUUUUCUUUGGUUUAUCCUUUGUUGUAUCAGCUGCACUUAUGAUUUACUACGCACUUAAAUUUGGUAAAAUGAAGAAGGUGCAUAGUUUUUACAAAGCAGUCAACAGAAGUAAAAACAGCAGAACAAGAGCAGUAAAUCACAAAAUUCAAAACAGAAAAAAUAUGUAA